AUGCGUUUCCUAUAUUUUCUUUUAUUUUUUGUUAUUCCACUAGCGAUUUUUGCGCAGAAAACUCGACCAGAAGAUCCAUUCAGAACUAAAUUUGUGCCAAAAAAUAUUGAUGAAAAUGAAGAAGAUAUUUCACUUGAAGAUGAGGAUGAAGAAUCUCGAGUUCCAAUAACAACACCUCGACCAAUUCCACGUCGAUUAUACGCAAAACCAACUCACGAACAUUUACUCUACAGUAUUUUUCCAUCUCUUCAAAAAGAAAAAGAUUGGCGAAAAUAUUGUCCGGCAAAUCAAUAUCAGUUCCAAGUAACUUGUAGACCCGGGAAAAAAUUACGAUAUGAUUUACAACUUUUCUGUCAACAAUUUUCUGAUAUGUGUGGAGUUCCAAAUGUGAAUUUGUAUCCAAGUCGAUUUGCAAAACCGGAAGAUGAGGGAAGACCAGCUGGAUAUGGACAAAAACAAAAGAAUGGAAAUUUUGGAAUUGGAAGAAGUUGGGCAUUUGGAUUAGGUGCAAUUCCAGGAUUUGAGUUCACCAGUAGUCAAGGAGCAGAUAUCGGAAAUGAGAGAUUACCAUUCUUCGAUCAGGUUUGUAAUUGUUUAUGAAGGGAAAUAAUUUUUAGACUUACGCUAACAGUGAUUCAUGAAAGUUUUGCUUCUAAAGAUUCGUAUGAGUGUUAAAAAACUCCCACCAGCAAAGAGUUCGAAUAACUGAUUUUUUACAGAUUGGUGGAAUGAUGUUGAACUAUGGUGGAGAAGUUGGUGUUCUCGGUAAAAGAACCGGCAAAGGUCCAGCUAGAUCAUUGGAUUCGUUAUCUCGAGGCUAUCCAAGUCUUGGACUCGGCCAACCAACGAAAGCAGAUUCACAAUUUGGAGAGUCAGUUGCUCGUGCUUUGGGAGUCCCCAGCCUCAACAAUGUUUUCCAAAAACUUGCGAAAAAUUCGAAAAAUAAGAAAAUCACCGGCUAUGAACCAGGAUACGGUGCUGUUGAUCCAAGUGGAAUAUUUGCGAUAGGUAAAACAGAUGUUGAUGAUGUCAAUUUACCUGGCGGAUUUGGAGCGGUUGAAGUUAUUCGUGGAAGUGGAAUGGGUAUUGGUAAAAAAUAA